AUGUUCUCACCACUUGGCCUGUUUAAGGGUAUACUCUGUCCCCAGGGAGAGCUAUGCUCUCUCUUGACUUGCAUUUUCUACCAUCCGCCCGUCGGCUCCCAUGCAGGAGAUGGCAGGGGUGCAGUGGCGCAUGUUGAUGUAACACGGGAUGAUGCAUCUAGGCCAGCUACACCGACUCUGAAGGAGCCCAAAUUGGAGGCAACGGUCGGGACCAGUAGUGACACUUUGAAAGAACCACAUCGUUCAUCCAAAGGAGAACCUGUAAGCCAAGGAGCUACGUCGGCAAGUGUAGCGGGAAAACCGUCCCAACUAGCAGGUCUGAGGCCUCCUACCAAGCUUCAAUCCGUGUCAAGGGCGGUCUCGCCGCCGUCAACGAGGUCGGACUCAACAUCGUCAAAACGUGAUAAAUCUGCAUCCGAGAAGCCAAAGGCGGAUUUAUUGCCAAGACAGGCUCCUCGUGAAAGUCUGAACCCUCGAAUGCUUACGAAGGCACCUGCACCUCAUGGAGUUCGAUUGUCUAUUCUGACGAAGCUUCAUGCUGCCAUGUCUACCUUGAACGACAAGAUGGCCAAACAGAAGGAUGGCACAGAGAAAUAUUUAGUCCUAUCUCCCAAUGAGCUAAUCACAAUGGCCCUGGACGAGGAAGAGAAAGUAGCGAAGGGGAGCGCCAAUAUAUAUUCGAAUGUCAUUAAGCUCCGGAUCGUGAAGCUGUCGAAAAUGAACCAAGAGGACUGGGCUAAAGAGGUCAAGGCUCAUCUAAACGAAAGAUACUACAAGAUUGCGCCCAGUCAGCUAAAUCCCAAGCCCAAAGUUCUCACGACAGGCCUGAGUGUCGAGGAAGAAAUUGCAAUUGUGACUAAGUUGGCCACAUCUCUAGAAGGUCUAGAGCAAUACGGUUACAUGACAAAAGCACCCACGAGCGAUGAAAUCGAGAAUGCAAGGAAAGGUGUCACGGAGUCUAAAGGCUGGGAAAAAUGUGACCGCUGUGGCGGACGAUUCCAAGUUUUCCCCGGACGCCGCGAGGAUGGCUCUUUGACGACAGGGGGGCAAUGCACAUAUCACCCAGGGAAACCAUUCUACCCUCCGAGGAAGCAGACCGAUCAUAUCACUGGACCAAGAGAGGCCUACUUCUCCUGCUGCAACGAGACUUUGGGGACCUCUUCAGGCUGUACGAAAGGCAAAACCCACGUCUACAAAGUGACGGAGACCAAACGACUCGCAUCUAUCCUUCAGUUUGAAAAAACCCCGGCUCAAGUGGAAAAGGGGCCACAACCGCCUGUGUGCUUCGAUUGUGAGAUGGGGUACACAACCUUAGGAUUGGAGCUAAUUCGGAUCACCGCCGUAAGCUGGCCGGAAGGCAAGCGGUUACUCGAUGUUCUCGUCAGACCGCAGGGCGAAGUCCUAGAUCUGAAUUCGCGCUUUUCCGGCGUUUUCCCCGACCACUACACCAGAGCAAUUCCUUAUGGUACUCCUCAGUCCGCGUCAUGCACAGUAGAGGACGAGUCGGCGCCUAUGUACGUUGUGGAAUCCCCCGCAGCGGCACGAGCAUUGUUGUUUCAGUUUAUACAACCCGAGACGCCUCUUAUUGGACAUGCCAUCGACAAUGACCUGAAUGCAUGUCGUAUCAUCCACUCGACCGUUAUCGAUACCGUCCUACUUUAUCCACACCCGCGAGGGGGACUACCCAAUCGCAUGAGCCUCAAGACAUUAUGUAAAAAGCACCUUGAUAGGGAUAUUCAGACCGGAGGAGACCGGGGCCACGAUUCCAAAGAGGAUGCGGUCGCCACGGGAGACUUGGUUCGGGUCAAAGUUGCCGAGACUUGGACUUUACUUAAAUCAAAGGGAUGGACAUUCCAGGGCGAUCAGCUUGUUCCUCCGCCGGGGACAUCCGAAGAUGCUACAGGAGAGUGGAGACUGGGCCCUGGGGCUGGGCAGAAAAGGGCAAGUACUGGUUGA